AUGUCCAUUACCAAGGUCCACGCCCGCCAGAUCUUCGACUCUCGCGGCAACCCGACUGUCGAGGUCGACCUCUACACCGCGAAAGGUCGUUUCCGCGCGGCGGUCCCCUCUGGUGCCUCCACUGGUAUCCACGAGGCCGUCGAGCUUCGUGACGGCGACAAGGGCGCCUACGUCGGCAAGGGUGUCCUCAAGGCCGUUGCCAACGUCAACGACACCAUCGCCCCCGAACUCCUCAAGUCUGGGCUCGCCGUGACUGCGCAGAAGGAGAUUGACGACUUCCUCAUCAAGCUCGAUGGUACCGCCAACAAGGGCAAACUCGGUGCCAACGCCAUCCUCGGUGUCUCCAUCGCCGUCGCUGAGGCUGGUGCCGCGGAGAAGGGUGUUCCCCUCUACCAGCACCUCGCUGACCUCGCUGGUGUCAAGCCCCCCUUCACCCUGCCCUGCCCUGCUUUCAACGUCAUCAACGGUGGCUCGCACGCUGGUAACAAGCUCGCGUUCCAGGAGUUCAUGCUCCUCCCCACCGGUGCGACCACCUUCACUGAGGCCAUGAAGAUCGGUUCGGAGACCUACCACACGCUGAAGAAGGUCAUCAGUGCAAAAUACGGUAUUGAUGCCGUCAACGUCGGUGACGAGGGUGGCUUCGCCCCUAACGUCUCUGGCGCCGAGGAAUCGCUUGAGCUCCUCUCUGAGGCCAUCAAGAAGGCCGGUUACGAGGGCAAGAUCAAGAUUGCCCUCGAUGUCGCCUCUUCCGAGUUCUACAAGGAGGGCAAGUAUGACCUCGACUUCAAGAACCCCAACUCGGACCCGACCAAGUGGAUCUCUGGUGUCGAGCUCGCGGAUCUGUACCUCGGCUAUAUCAAGAAGUACCCGAUCGUCUCGAUCGAGGACCCCUUCGACCAGGACGACUGGGAGGCUUGGACCCACUUCACCAAGCAGAGCGGCAUCCAGAUCGUUGGUGAUGACCUGACGGUUACGAACCCUCUCCGUAUCAAGACCGCGAUCGAGAAGAAGGCUUGCAACGGUCUCCUCCUCAAGGUCAACCAGAUUGGCACGAUCUCGGAGUCUAUCCAGGCUGCUCAGCUCGCGCAGUCGGAUGGCUGGGGUGUUAUGGUCUCCCACCGCAGCGGUGAGACCGAGAACACGGUCAUUGCUGACCUCGUCGUCGCCCUCGGCGUCGGCCAGAUCAAGACCGGUGCGCCCGCGCGCUCGGAGCGUGUCGCAAAGUACAACGCUCUCCUCCGCAUCGAGGAGGAGCUUGGCAACGGUGUCUACGCUGGCGACAAGGGUCUCUCUGCGGGUCCUGAGGCGCCUGCGCUGCUCAAGAAGUAA